AUGGCGGAGCCGCUGUGGAGCGCGGACGCGGGUGGUGCCGUCUACCGCUCCCGCGACCCCGUGCGCAACCUGCGCUCCGGUGAGCGGCCGCCCCCGGCCCCCGCCCCGCCCCGGCUCCGGGCCCGCCGUGACGCUCCCUCCCUCCUUCCCCGCAGGGUCCGCAUCCAGCGGGUCACGUCGGCCGGGCCUCUCCUGCCGCAGGCCCCGCCGCCGCUCGCCGGCCCGCGCGGCCCCGAGCUCCUGGGCCUGGCCGACCGCGCCGCGACCGGUGCCCGGCGGCCUCCGGACGAGGAGGAGGAGGAGGCCGAGGUGGGGUGGCAGGAGAAGCUCUUCAGCCAGUUUGAGGUGGAUCUGUACCAAAAUGAGUCAGCCUGCCAGACUCCCCUGGACCGGCAGUACCAUGAGGAGAUCCUGAAACUGGAGAAGGCUGGAGGUCGGAAGAACUAUCGCAUCUUCACCUACACUGAUCAUGACCGAUUCACCAACCUAGAGGAGCACUGCCAGAAGGUAACUGACUCAGAUCAUGAGGUGCCAUCGUAUCUGGCGGAGAGGAUGGCCAACGUAAGGAGAAGAAGACAAGACCGUAGGCCAAUAGAAGCAAGUUCUCUGAAGUCGAAAAUCAUCACCUGGGAACCCUCAGAAGAAUUUAUAAAGAACAAUCAUGUGAUUAACACUCCUGUCCAGACCAUGUACAUCAUGGGGGACUUGGGACCUUAUGGGAAGCUUGGUCACAGGGAGUAUGAACAUGUCCUUUGCACAAUCAAGGUGGACGGCAAUGGGGUGAUCACAGUGAAGCCUGACUUUACUGGCACCAAAGGAGCCUACCGGAUCGAGCUGGAUGGAGAGAAGCGAGAGGUGUGGAAAUACACCAUUGAGAAUGCGUCUGUCCAAGUGCAGCCAGAGGAGGAGGAACGCGAGCAGUGUGUGUUCAGAGACCUGUAUGGUCGACACAAGGAAUACCUCAGCAGUCUCGUAGGCUCAGAAUUUGAAAUGACUCUUCCUGGUACACUGCGGCUUUUUGUGAAUGGAGAAAUAGUUUCAGCUCAAGGCUAUGAGUAUGACAACCUCUAUGUUCAUUUCUUCCUGGAGCUGCCUAACCGUAGGUGGUCGAGCCCCGCGUUCCAGCAGCUAUCAGGAGUGACACAGACCUGUGCCACCAAGACAGUGGGCUGGGAUAACGUGGCAUACUUCUGCUACCCCUUCACUUUGGAGAUGUUUUUCACCCAAGGAGACGAAUCGGAAGACAGUCUCCCUCAGUGGCCUGUUCUCUACUUUGAGGUCCUGUCCCUGGAUUUCUGGCAGAGGUAUCGCGUUGAAGGAUAUGGUUCUUUGGUGCUGCCAGCAUCUCCAGGUCUCCACAUGCUCACCAUCCCUACCUGGCGCCCUGUGGAGCUAGGGACCGUCGCUGAGCUGAGGAGAUUUUUCAUUGGUGGAUCUCCUGAGCUGGAGGACAUAACCUACGUCAGGAUACCAUCAACCUUCAAGGGAGAGCGUCUGAGCCGCUUUGGUUUUCGCACAGAGACGACAGGGAGUGUCACGUUCCGGCUUUACUGCCUGCAGCAGUCUAAAGCCUUUCUGGAAACCAGUGCCCUGAGGCAGCGCAUGCAGAGUGUACUGGACCGGCUUGGAGGCUUCAGCCAGCAGAGCUCUGUCUACAACGUUCUGGAGGCUUUCCAGAGGGCACGGCGCCGGAUGCAGGAAGCACGCGAGAGCCUUCCUCAAGACCUCAUCAGCACCUCUGCCUCCGCUGUGCGCCAGUCGCAGGAACCAUGAUCAACUGCCUCCACAACCUGGGAGCGCUUAGCAUCUUCUCUCUGACGCAAGCCCCCAUUGUUCAGGACGAGUCACAGUGCUGGUGCCUGCAAGCUUUUGAAGCCCUUCCUUUGUCGUUUUCCCUGGAUGGGGGAAGGAGUCUGUAACGCGUCCAGACCCAGAAUCUUUGCAUUUCCACAGGUACCUGUGGAAGGAGCCCCAUUUUUUCAAGGCAUUUUGUUACCAGGCCCUAACAAUACAGCCAAUUGUUCACAUUUCUGCUGAGCAGACUACAAUACUGGCAUGGGACCUGUGAACCCUUUAACACCUUUUCAGGAAUUGAAUAGUAAAUGAUUAGAAAAAUUUCAAGUCUACAUGACUUGGUAAAUUUAGUUUUCUUCUUAAAGAAGAGGGUGAUGUUGAAGGUCAAGGCAUGAAUGCUGUUUGAGAUUUAAUGAAAUGAGUAGAUAACUUCUUGAGAAGUGCUGAUAAUUGUUGUCAGCAUUUGUAGCUAUAGGUCCAUCAAUAGUAAAAUGAAUCUGUCCACCUGUGCCUUAAGACUGAUUCAUUCCUAGAGAGAGAGCUCUCUGCCACAUGUAAGAUGUGAAAUCAAAGCAAAGGAAUGACGUUUGACAGAUUGAGAACUGGAGAAAAGGGUUACAUUCUGUAUUUCCUUGUAUGUGCCCAUAACAUUUCUGGCUCUGCAGUGAUGAGCAGGAGGAUUCUUUGUUCAAGAAUAACUGAAAACACGCAUUCCCCUUAGUUCAUAGCAGAACUUUGGCUGUGGCUGGACAGUUUGCAGACAACAAGAGCAGAUUAUAACAUUUGCACAGCAGCUGAACUUUGAACUGUUCAAGCUGUUCACUUGAGCUAUGGUUCAUUGUUCCAUCUCUGAUUGCAGUACACUGCAUUGCUUCCUGGGGAAGCAUGUGUGUACCCAGUUUUUACCCAGUUUCUUCCCCUGUUCUUUUCUCAGACUUUUUUCCCCCCCCUGUUUUUAUUCCUGUCUCAAGUUCACAGGAGUGAGGCUACCUGCAGACUGACAGUGCUGUGUUGAGUUGUGCACGAGUCACAUUUCCAUGUGUUCCUCUCUGCUCCCAACACAAGGGAUAGGAAGAGAAAUCUCAGGCUGAGAUCAUGCAGG